AUGCCUGAAUUAACUACCCGUGAAAUUGAAUUUGCUACUGCCCAAAGUUCUGGGUUCAGCUUGGAUUACUCAGUUAAAUUGUUUUUUGAUGUUUACGGUAAACACUACACUGAGGAGCAAAAAUACCAGAUCGUCAGUUUGGGCUUGCUUUCUAGCGAUGCUUAUCAGGAAUUAGAUUAG